AUGUUCACGUCCAUGCUUCGAUUCGCGUCUCGUCAACCGGGCAGCGCUGCUUCCACUACUGCUAUGGUGUCUGCCUUAGGCCUGGCUAGCGUUUCGACGAUCGCUCGCAACGCGGAGGAACCUAAGGUGGCGUUGAGCCCGAAGGAAUUCCGCUCGUUUAAGGUGACUAAAGUGGAGCAGGUCACGCACGACACCAAGCACCUGGUUUUCGCCUUGCCUUCCGAUGAGCACGAGAUGGGUACCAGGACAGCUAGCUGUCUCAUGGCCAAGUUCGACUUGAAUGGCGAAGAGGUGGUGCGUCCAUACACGCCCACGAACACGAACGCGGAGAAGGGCGAGCUCCAUCUUGUUGUCAAGGGCUAUCCGAACGGAAAGAUGAGCAAGCAUAUCGUCAACCUCAACGUGGGCGACGAGCUAUCGAUGAAGGGUCCGUUCAUCAAGUUCGAGUACAAGCCGAAUCAGCACAAGAGUAUCGGCUUCAUCUGCGGUGGCUCAGGCCUCACCCCAGCGCUGCAGGUGGUCAAGACGAUUUGCCGCAACCCGGACGACUCGACGCGAGUGGUGCUGAUCUACUGCAAUCAUACGGAAAAGGACAUCAUCCUUCGGGACGAGCUAGAUGCGCUGCAGCACAUGUACCCGCAGUUCCAGGUGUACCACGUCCUGAGUAAGCCUGAUGCCAACUGGAAGGGCUAUACCGGUUACGUGAGCAAGGAGAUCGUUGGGGAGCUGCUGCCUGGUCCUUCAAACGGUAGCUUUGUCGGUGUGUGUGGUCCUCCGCCUAUGAUGGACGCCGUUUCGGGUAACAAGGCGCCUGAUCGUAGCCAAGGCGAGGUUUCGGGACUGCUCAAGGAGAUGGGGUACACCAGUUCGCAGGUUUUCAAGUUCUGA